AUGAAUAGACGGCAUAUAGGUGUACUCCAGGCGAACUUAAACCACUCUGCGGGGGCUCAGGACCUCCUACUGCAGUCCGCCGCAGAGUGGUCUAUCGACAUAGUUGUGGCUUGCGAGCCAUAUUAUGUCCCCACCCAGGAACGCUGGGUCGGGGACAUGUGUGGCUCGGUAGUCGUUGUUUCGGCGAGCGGCGCGGGCCCUCCCCUCUCACCUCUCGAAAGGGGUCCCGGGUUUGUGGUUGCGGGAUGGGGACAGUACACCAUUGUCGGCCUGUACUUUUUCCCUAACCGCACGCUGGCAGAAUUUGAGGAUUUCCUCGACUCUGUCAGCGAAGCCGUCCGCCGACACAACGGAGGGCGUACCCUGGUUCUUGGAGACUUCAAUGCCAAGAGCCAGGCGUGGGGGAGUCCCACCUCGGACGGCAGAGGCAGGGCUGUGCUGGUGUGGGCUGUGCACCUCGGGCUCUCCCUACUCAAUUGA